UCCGGGGUUGUGGUAGUCAGUUCCUUUUUUUGCGUUUUGAGCUGGCCGGUAGCACCAUUUUGUUCAUUUUUAACAAAUACUGUUUCAUCAAACUACAGCAGUGUCUAGUGUUGGUCGGCUGUAGGGUCGCAGCACGAUGCAGAAAGCCAUAUAUCCAUGGAGGAUAUAUAGACGCCUAUGCUGAACUAAGGGAUAUCACUCUCUUUGCGAAUAACUCGAAGUAUCAGUUCAAUAUGUUGGAGUCAGCAGGUUUUCACACAGUUUCGACACAUGAGGAUAGUGAAAUGGAUUGUUCAGGAUUAAGACAGAAGCGGCUGCACACAGAUGUAGAUGAUUGUGAUGAAUGUUCUCCAAUAUCUAAACGAAUAAACCGACUUCAGAUUGAAGUACAAAGGAUUGCUGAAGAUACUAGGAAUCAUCAACAACAGCAUCAUUCAGCCUGUGGAUUUUCUGUAACUACUGCAGAGCAGUCUGCAUCAUGGCAGACUAUUUUACCCCCCAGCUAUGUGGAUGAAUGCCAUAAGAGAACAGAGGAACACAACACACAGGAAGAAUUGCCACAUCAGUGUUACACUGCAGAACAGAUCAAUCCCAUGUCAUCUAGUACUGAAACUAUGGUACCUUUUAAUUCCCAGUUCAUGUACUCUUCACCAGUGAGUCAUGGAACAGAGCAAAGAUACUCACACAGUUUAUCUCGCAUCUUAAACAUUCCAGAACAGUUUUGUCAGUACUCUUGUGAAAGCACUGAGGAACAGUUACAGUGUUCCCUGGCAAGCUGUAGAAGCCAGUCGUCACCUGAACACCAACAUCUUUCCAGUUCAGAAGGGUAUAGCUUAGAGAUUCAGCAUCCAUUUCCAAGCCAAUCAUCUGCAGAGGUAAGUGUCCAGCAGAUGUCAGAAUCAAGUGAUGUGGGAAUGACUUCAGGAGUGGACAGAUGUCUUGUGGAGGGUUACAGUCCUGAUCUAGAUGAGGCUGAAAAUCCACAUUAUUUUCAGAUCAAUCAGAUGCUGUUUGAUGCUCACUGUUUAAGGAUAAAGAGAUUCUAUUCGCAUCGCACCCAGCAGAAUUCUGUGUGACUAUUUUUCUUAGUCUGUUGAAUACUCGGAGCUCUGUAAUGCUUUGUGAAAAUAGUUACUGUUUUCAGAUACUUUUAGCACAAGAAUUGCUAUUGUACUGCUUUUUAACUCAAUCCUAAUGUAGUAAAAUGUCAACUGCAGAAGUGCAUAAGCAUUUGCUGCUGACAGAUAGUUUUUAGGCAUUUUGAACAUUUUCUACUGGAGAACAAUUAACUGUUCUAGAGAAGGAGCUGCUGCAUUUAAAAGCAGAAUACAUUUUUUUGUAGAGUUCUUCUGUGACAUUAAGAUUGAGUUAACAACAACAAAAAUAUCAGUGUUCUAUACAAUAUUUUUUAAGGAAAUUUAAGGUAAGAUCCAUCCAGAAUAACGCAUCUUCUGCAUUUUGUUUGUAAAAUUCUUAGUUCUUCUUUCAUUGAUGAUGAAGCUAUGUUAUAUUUAUCUCUGCAUGUUGCAUUCUCUAAUUUAUCUUCCAGUAUGAUAUCAUAGGCUGCUGCCAGAAGGGCACUUAUUUUCUUUGCAUCUUUAUCAUUGUAUCUGUAUUUUUUAAAAAUAUUUGACCUUUACAAGGACACUUCUUAAUCAGAAAACUUCAUGCAGAUGGAAAUUUAGACAUACAUUAGGCUGGUUGGGAAGUGUUGGGAGCUUAAGCAUCCUUCUUGUUUCACAAACUUGUAACAGGUAUACUUUCAAUAAAGGUUUGCAAGUAAAA